AUGGGAUUGGAGUUGAGAGACCUGGAAGAGGCAAAUGUGAGCUGGAGUCACCCGAAUGUUAAUGCUGCAGCGGUGGCUCCACAGCUGGAGCAGCAAGCAGGAUGCUCCCGGAUGGCGCAGGAGUACCACAGGGUGUCCCCAGGGCGGGUUGUGGGUGCUCCCAGCGUGGACGUGGCACAGCUGUCCAAGAAGACCCCAUGCAGCAAGCGCCACAGCGGAGGAGAUGAAACCACGAGUUUGCCCCUCGCGAACCAAGGACCUGUGGCAGACUGCAGUGCUCUGUCAUGGCGGUUGUUCUUUGGAGGAAGGGUUUUAAAUAGGAUCUUCGGAGCGGAUAGCGUGUGUCCCGGGGAGGCCAGCGUCCUGCACCCCGAGCCUCCUCGGCAAGGCAGGUUCUGCGCACGGGUGCUGCGGUUAGUAGCGGACUUUCUUCCUCUGAAAUGCGAUGCUUGUGGGGAAGUCUUCUGUAAAGAUCACAUCCGUUAUGAUGACCACAAGUGUAGCUCUGCCUACAAGAAAAAUGUGCAGGUUCCAGUGUGUCCGCUCUGCAAUGCACCUAUCCCAGUACAGAAGGGGGAAAUACCAGAUGUUGUGGUUGGAGCCCACAUGGAUAAGGACUGCAAAUACAAUCCAGCCCAGCAGAAGCAGAGGAUAUUCACAAACAAGUGCUUAAAGCCAGGUUGCAAAAGGAAAGAGAUGAUGAAGGUAGUUUGUGAACAGUGUGGUGGCAACUUCUGCAUAAAACAUCGGCAUCCUCUGGAUCACGACUGUAAAGGGAGCAGCCAUCCCACCUCCAAGGCAGGAUAUGCAGCUCUGAUGAGAGCCUCUCAAACUGCCUUCAAGUCAACGGGAGCAAUUGGAGUGCCAUCUAAUGGGAGUCUUCAGCACAACAGGUAUAAGCUGUAG